ACCAGUCCCCAAACAGAGAGCAACUCAAAACAUACCUUUAGGAACUCUCGAAUGUUUGACUGCAUGGGUAGCUUAGGUAUUUUUGGGGAUUACUUAAGAACCUACGCGGGGUUAUUUCCUUAUGUAACGCGAACAUAAGCCUUGUUUUACCAUGUCGAGUGUGGACAUCCUGUCUGCUCCAAUUUUCGAUGGCCGUACCAAAGGGUUCGAGUUCGUCUUCAGAGAUGAGAAAAAAGUAAAGAAAUUGACUGUUCCUGUGCCAAUUCCCUUACAGAUAUCUUCCAAAGAGUACGCAUGGAGGCUUAUACAUGCGCACAAUAUGCCCUGCUAUCUUGAACAAGAGCUGACAUCAGCAAUUGAUAACUUUGCUAAAAAAUCUCUCCAUGAGCUGUAUGAUGAAAUGGCUGACAAAGCCCUGAAAGAAGCCCUUGACUCACCUCAAGUGACCAGCGACUACAUCAACUCCUGGGCAAACACCUUCACUCAAGAGCAUUCCAAAUACUGCACCGCAAGUGAUAAGACGGAGAAUGAGACUUUUGCUGAGAUGUAUCAUUCCCUGAUCCACUCAGCUGCACUUGAAACUCUACUACAGCUUGAGAAUACUUAUGCAUUAGCUGUUGAAGGGCUUCUAUCUCAUCGGGAUGCUGCCCUAAAGUCUUCUGAAGAUAAGCACAGAAAGAAAUUAGAAGAAGCCAUUAGUAACAUUGGUCUUACCAACACAGACCGUGAUGUUUCUAAUCUUGCUACCAAGCAAUGUGAAGACACACAAAUGCUUGAGACCUACUGGUCAAGUGAGUUAUCCCAGCUUCAGGAGAUGCAGAAGAGGGAGUACCGUGAGUGGGUCGUCAAAGUACAUGAGGACAUCGCCAGAGGAGAAGAUGUUUCCUCUAGUGCUGGAUCAUUUUUCAAGCUGCGUAGUGUCUCGACGCUAAGUGCGCCAUCGUCAGAGGAAUACCAUCCAGAACCAGAGCAGAGAAUGGAGGAAAGCUUCACCAUCCAUCUAGGGGCUCAGAUGAAGACAAUGCACAAUGUUAGACUGAUUUGUGGGGAUGUGCUGGACAUGUGCCGACACAAGGUCCCACCCGGAGGUUCUGUGCUCUCUCAGCCUCAUCGUAUACAGACUGCUCUAUCCUUGUACUCGGAAUCACUGGCUGGACUGGUCUUGUUGGCAGAUAACCGUCUCAAUACAUAUACUGGAAUCACAAAAGAAUUCGCAGCUAUCUGCCAGCAGUCAACAGAUUUCCACUUCCCAGACCUCGACCAACAGCUCGGCCUGAUUCAGCAGAACAUAGAGCAGAGGGCUAGGGCCAAGUCUGCAUCCAGCCUCACGACGCCAGGCCGAGGUGUCAAUCAAGCAACAGAGGAUACCGCCCUCAAGACACUGACGCUAGACACAGGGGAUUUUUACGUUACACGUCACUCAAACCUCGCGGAAGCCCAAGUGGUGUUCCACUUGGUUGUGGAUGAUAGCGUCAAGUCUGCGUCUCUGAAUAGUCGUAACCCGUGUGUGGUGGGCCUGAGGCACGUGCUACACACCGCAGUGCGGUACAACAUCACCACCAUCACCAUCCCUCUGCUGCUCUUCCAUGACAUGACAGAGGAGAUGACUAACAACUGGUGCGCGAAACGCGCAGAGCUGAUCCUCAAGUGUGUCAAAGGGUUCAUGAUGGAGUGUACCACGUGGAGUGGCGUGGAGUCGCUCAAUGUACAGUUCAUGAUCCCACAGGGGAUCUCCGCCGACAUGUUCCACACGAUAUCCGGCAUGUUGCCCAGCAUCUUCAGGAUCUCAACACCGCUAAACCUGACGUCAUCCAAUGUAUGAGGUAUCAAUCCUUAUAUGGGCAUGUCUAAAACCUUACGUCAUCCAGCAGAAGAGGUAUCAAUUCUUAUAUGGCCUUGUCUUAAACCUUACGUCAUUCAGCAGAAGAGGUUUCAGUCCGAGCUCCGAUAUCCGGCAUGCCACCUAGCAUUUUCAGGAUCUCAACACCGCUUAACCUGACGUCAUCCAAUAGAUGAGGUAUCAAUCCUCAUAUGGGCAUGUCUAAAACCUUACGUCAUUUUGUAGAAGAGGUAUCAAUCCUUAUAUGGGUAUCUCCCGAGCUCCGAUAUACGGCAUGUCGCCCAGCAUUUUCAGGAUCUUAACACCGCUUGACGUGACGUCAUCAAGUAGAGGAGGUAUCAAUCCUUAUAUGGGUAUCUCCCGAGCUCCGAUAUACGGAAUGUUGCCCAGCAUUUUCAGGAUCUUAACACCGCUUGACGUGACGUCAUCAAGUAGAGGAGGUAUCAUCUCUUAUAGACAGUCCUGAAUAACGUAUGCGCAUGCGCGUGCUCUGGCGUAAACAAGCACAAUCGUAGUGUUGAAUCGUUCGAGUAAAGGAACGAAAGACUGACUUCAGUCGCUGUUUUGACUAACUGUGCAGCAUUAAAACCAUACUGUACAAAAGAUGACAGAUUUGUGUGAUAAUGAGGGAGUCAUAAAGAAAAUUAUAACCUUAAGUUUGGUUCGCAAAAAUGUGAUAGUUCGCCGGUAAAACGCCGUCAUUUCGAAACAAAAAGGCUGGUUUAAUGGUGCAGUACUGGAACUAGUCUUGCGUUUUUCAGCACUGGCUCUCUUAUAUGGGCAUUUCUCAGACAUUACGUCAUCCAGCAGAACAGGAUCAAUCAUUAUAUGGGUAUCUCCCGAGCUAUAUUUAUCCAGUAGAUAAGGUAUCAGUCCUUCUAUGGGCAUGUCCCGUCAUACAAAAGAAAUUAAACAACAAUUACAAGGGCGCACAUAAUAAAAUAUAUUUACAGAUG